AUGGAACACAAACAAGACGCAAAAGAAGAAGAGUUUCGUGAGAUGAAAGAUGCCAUUAAAUAUGCUCAACGGCAUAUUGAAGCAUUUUGGGAAUACUGCAACGAACAUAGAAAUGAAGAUCAUUCGGUCAGAAUCUUCGAUGUUAUCAUAAACUUCUACCGUAGACAUAUUGCUGCAGAUUAUGAAGCAGCGUUAGGAAUAAAAAAUUGA